ACCACCGCAGGGACCAAAAAGGAAAACGGUACAGUAAAUACAAUUAUUUACCAGAUAGAUACAUACAGAUGAUGAGGCAUUGCUGAUGAGGGUUUUGAUACAAAAGCGUCAAAUACUUUCCGCAUUGCGGUCUGAAUCGAUAGCGACCCUGAAAAUCUUAUAAUUAUAAUCCCUGAAAUUUUGUUACAAAUAAUCAAAAGUUCGAACUUGUUCAAUUUGGAUACUCCGCCUCAGCAACACCAAAAAAGAAAAGAAAGAAAACCAUUUGGAUGCUCUGCGAAGGCACCCUCCAAUUCCUGCAAUUUACAUAGAGGCCAUUACGCUCAGGCCACCAACCCGUCCACAAUCUCUACUGCUUUGUUCAAGUUCUUCGAUUUCUGACCGAGUUCCAUUUGUUUUGGGCGAAUUCGGUGUCUUUCUUUCCCUGAUCCAGAUUGGUUCGGCAAAAAUUUGGUUCAGGGUUUCUUGAUUCAGGCUCUGGUUUACUCUUUGCAAGGUUUGAGCGAAGAAAAUCACAAAACUUCAACUGUGAAGGUUUGGCCUUUUAGGCUACGAAUGAAAACAUCAGUGAUUUUGUAGUGGAAAUGGUUGCUAAAGAUGAUGGGGAGUCGCCUUUUAAUCAAUAAAAUCCCGCUUUGAUUUUACUGGAAAUGAGUCGUUCUCCUUCAUUUUCAGUGAAGUCAGAACUUAGUCCAAAGCUUGAUCCAGAAUCUUUGCAGCAAUGGGUUGUGGCCUUUUGUAUUAUCAGGUUCGAUCUUGAACAAGGUCAGCUCAUUGAAGAGUGCUACCCACCUGGUUGUCUUACACAAGAUGAGGAGCUUGAAGUUGCCUUUAGUUCAUUCCCAGAUUCCGUUUCCCAGCAUCAGAACCGCUCAAGCAUCCAUGAUUGUAUAUUCUUUUUCCGGUUUCGAAGGCGGGGAAGUUCUCAAAUUGAAGCAUCCUCGACUGAGAUGACUGAAAUUGAUAAGAAGUUAACUCCCAAGUCCCCAGAUGUAAAAGUCCUUAGAAGGUCAAAAAGUAACAACGAUUCUCAUGAUUCAAGAUACAUGUAUGGAUAUGUUUUUAAUAGACAGAGACAUGAUGAGAGGUUAAAACGAGGUGGGGAGCAGAAGUCUGUGGUGAUUUUGUCGCACAGUCCUUACUCUAGUGUAUUUAGACCUUUGUUACAAAUCAUGGGUCCUCUAUAUUUUGACAUUGGAAGGAAAGCUCUUGAGCAUAUCGCUGCUUAUGUUUCAAUGUGGCCUUCUCCUGUACCUGGUAAGCUUAUGGAACUUCCUAUUGGGAAUGCUGCACUGAAAGUGAACUUGCCACCCGCACAUAGCUUGCCCUCAGAAAAUGGAAUGUUGUUUGAAGAGUCUGCAUCCUCUAUGGCUCCUUUUCUUCCUAAUAACCAGUCAGUCCCACAGGGUCUUUUUCAUGACUCAGAUCUAUUUGGCAUCUUCAGGGGUCUGUUAUUACAGCUUUGGGUUUUGUGGGAGUUGUUACUUAUUGGUGAGCCCAUGCUUAUCAUAGCUCCAACUCCUCCACAAUGCAGUGAGGCUGUGGCUGGUCUUGUGAGUUUAGUUGCACCUCUACUUUGCAGUGUGGAUUUUAGACCUUAUUUCACCAUCCAUGACCCUGAAUUUGCCCACCUCAACUCCCUUCAAGAAGGAGACACCUUUCCACCUAUGAUUUUGGGUGUAACUAACCUGUUUUUCCUUAAAUCCCUUCGUAAUAUGCCCCACGUUAUUUCAGUUGGAAGCCCUGCUCCUAAUACAAACCGGCUUCCCCUUGCAACUAGGUCCUCUACUGGAAGAAUUUCUGGUAGACCAGAAGGAUUUGGUUUUCAACAGCUUUCCUUGAAAAAGUUCUCUCCUUCAAAUUUAUUGAAUGCUGUGAAGUUGAGGAGAGAUGGUCCUCUUUGUCUCAUGACGGAACAUAAGGAAGCCAUUUGGAGCACUUACUCUGCAACAACUAAGCCUGACACUUCUAUCUUAAAUAGGCUAAUAGAUGCUGGGAUGUCACCUAGGGUUGAGGAAUCAAUGUCAGUUGUUAACAAUGAGAUAUUGCGCCGGCAUUUCCUGGAGCUCACCACCAACUUUUUGGCACCUUUUGGCCCAUAUUUUAGGACUAGAACACCGUCAGAAGGAUCUUCUCCUUUUGUAGACCCUCCCCGUCUUAUUCCUUUUAGUGCCGAUGAAUUUCUGGGAAGUUUAUCAGCAAGAGGACCUGGGAAGUUUGUAUCAAAGCGAAUGAGAUCUAAUUGGCUGGACUUAUACCGGCGAUUUCUAGAAGGGCCAAACUUUACACCAUGGUUUCAAAGAAGGCGUGCCGUUGCUGAACAGGAACAACAUAGACUGUGGAGGCAGGCGAGAAUGAAGACUGACAUACAACAGUUAAUAUCUAAAAUGUCUGAACUAGAAAUUGUUGAUUCCUUCAAUGCUAUUGAGAGACAUAUUCUUGAAGAAAUACAGCUGGACCAAUCUGGAAGGGCUUCUACAGACUCUGGUGCAACUUGCCAAAAACUAAAGGGAGAUCUGCAGGCAGUUUUCGAUGUACUUCCCAAGGACAUGCAGCAACUUCUACUUUUCAAUCCACAAAGGGCAGCUCUUCUAAAAGGAGCUCCCGAACAUACAAAACUUCCUGGGCGCCCGCUUAUACAAAUUGGGGUUGUGUCAACAACUUCACCAAGGUAGUGUGCAAAAAUGACUGGGAAUCAGUUGCCUCUGAUAUCAACAAUCUUCUUGUGCUGUUAAAGGAUGGCACUUGUGAUUAUUUUGUAGCUUCCUUUUGUUUCUGGUCUGAGAUUACUCCUCCGACUUCGAGAUCCAUUUUUCUACCAGAUGUGCGAGAAUCAAAGUAUUGUCAAAUGAAUGAGUCAUCCGUUUCCAAGUACACUCGA